CCCCUUGUUUGUUGCAGAAGAGCAGAACAUUAAACAGUACCUUUGACCGGAGCGUGACCCUGCUGGAGGUGUGCGGGAGCUGGCCGGAGGGCUUUGGGCUACGGCACAUGUCCUCCAUGGAGCACACAGAGGAGGGACUCCGGGAGCGGCUCGCCGAUGCCAUGGCCGAGUCACCAAGCCGGGAUGUCGUGGGAUCCGGAACAGACACAGCCCUUGAUGUAGCAGUAAAAAACAUCACCCCUGAGAGACACGUGGCUGUGAAGUGUUUUGGGAAAAAAAAAGGAAAAAAAAAACAAUGCCAACAGCCCAGCGCCCGUGAGCAACCCAACAGUAACAAAGCAUGCGUUCGGGACGGAGGAAGAACUUCAGCGAGAGGGAAGCAUCGAGACUCUGAGUAAUAGCUCAGGCUCCACCAGCGGCAGCAUCCCAAGAAACUUUGAUGGCUACCGAUCUCCGCUCCCCACCAAUGAGAGUCAGCCCCUCAGCCUCUUC